AUGUUGUGCUUACAAAUAGAAAUAGAAACAGAAAUAACAAACAUGUGCUCUAAAAGGAAAGUUAGAAAAAGAAGAAAAUAUAAUAAAGUUGCAAAAGUAAAAGUGAAUCGUCUCUGGUGUGAGAAUGCAGUACGAUUAUUAUGGAGAGAUCCUUUUCGAAAAAUUAAUGAAUCUAUCACAACAAGUAAUGAUAAAGUAGCUUUGAUAGAAACAUAUGUUCGUUGCCUUGAUUUAGAAGAUAAAAGAAAAUUAUGCUUAAAGAAUAAUUACUUGUUCGACAUAUUAUUAAAGAAACAAGUACAUGAUGUACAGCAAAAACAGCAACCUCCACCAACUUUUAAUUACAUAGAAUUCUUAAGACAUUUGAGUAUUGAUGGUUUAUAUAAUAGCGUGUGCUCAUGGAUAUAUUACAAAAGAAGUAUUAUUAGGCAAUUGUCAUUCACAGAAAAAGAUAUUAUAAGUUUAUGUUGUUUAUUACACAAGAAAUUUAUGUUUGAUGCGUUAUCAAUUGAUUUAAAUCUUAAUUUUAAUCAUUGGCCAUCAUACUUGUCAUUUUUAUAUAAUAAUUUAAGUGAUGCUAAUAACAACGAUAAUAAUGAUAGUAUUAAUGGCGACAAUAGCAAUAGGAUUAGUAAUAACAGAAGCGGCAGAGUUAAUAAAUUAGUUCAAUUAAAAGAAUUGAUUAUUUUUGCGCCAAUGCCAAACUGGUCAAUUUUCAGCAACUUGUCAAAAUAUGUAAAAAAAUUACAAAGAUUAGAAAUCUACUUACUUUCAUAUCCUUCAACACCGUAUGAAGCAAAGAGCAUAGCAAAUUUUAUACAAAUACAAGAAGAAUUAGUACAUUUUAAAUUAAUUUAUCGUGAUCGUCUUUUAGCAUCUUCACCAAUAUUAAAGAAAUUCAACUCAUUUUUAUCACCACGGAUUAAUGAUCUUGAUGGUAACAAUACGAAUAAUAAUUUGUUUAAUAUGUUACUUCGGAAUAGUCUAAUAACAGAUGAAUCAAGGUGCUUACCAAUAUUUCUCGACUCUUUAAAUACAAAACUAAAAACUUUAAAUCAUUUGGAAUUUUCUGGAAUUUCAUUUAAAGGGGAUCUGACAUUAAAUUUAUUAUCAAAUUGCUUUAAAAGUGUCGAAUCAUUGGAACUUAAUACAAAUGAAAACUUUGAAAAUUUUCUAUCGUUAAUUGCAAGAACAAAGAAUCUUAAAGAAAUUUGCAUUUAUAAUAUCACUGAUUUAUCAUCAUUUUUAUAUGGUUCAAUAAUAGAAAAUAUUAUUUUAUAUUGUCCAAAUAUUAAUAAGUUAUCUUUACCUUUGAGAAGGGAGGAUUUGCCAAAUUUAUUAAAAUUAUUAAAAAAUUGCAGAAAAUUAAAAGCUUUAACUAUCUUUGAUGCUGACAAAUUUAGUAAAAAACAACCAUGGAGUUCAGAUGAUUUGGGUGACGAUAAUGGUAACGAUGAUAACGACAGCAAUGAAUCAAAUAAAUCUGUUUGUAAGGGAUAUAAUAAUGAUAACGAAAAAAAUGAUGUUAGUGGAUUUUUGCCUCAAUUUGGUAGUUUAUUACCUGAUACUCUAAAACAUUUGGAAAUCGAGUCACCUUGGUGGUUUACAGCCGGUUCAUUAGAAUCAUUUCUAAUCAAUUCUAAAGCUCCAUUGGAAAUUCUAAAAUUUAAAAAUUCCCAUUGGAUAAUAAAUAAUCAAAAAUAUUUGUUAAUAGUUGAAUUUUAUUUAAAUGAUACUUUGAAAGAUAAAAAUAUUGGGCCUGGAAAAAAUACACAAUUACAAAUAAAUUUGGGAAUAUGA